AUGGCUGGGAAAAACAUUAGACCCUGUGAGGAAAUCGAGCUUGACUUGAUGAGUACUGGAAAGAAAAGCUCUUUAGCUAAAACUGGAAUGGAGGCGACCAGCACAGCACCUGCUCAGCAAAGACUCUCUCCUAUUCCUGAGCUGGAUCGCUGGGAGAGAGAAACGGAUGCAAGCUCUCCAGGCUUUGGUUCCUCAUGGGCAUUGGACAAACACAGCACCUCAUCCACCAGCUCACUGUCGGAAUCCCAGGAGAGAGGAGAAGAUUGUGCUGAGCUUCUGCUGAACUGUCUCUUCUGCCGGUUCUACGACCUGUUCCUCAUGCUACCUGAAACAUGUGAGCGAGCCGCUAACCGCAUCUGUCCGGCCUACAUGUACUUUUCAACAACUGCGGAAGGCGCUCGCAGCAGCGACUGUAACUGCAGCUGUAAUUUUGACUGCGGUCUAAUGGAUGCUUGCCAUGACACAGGGGAAUGCAUUGAACUAGCCAUGGAAAUUUCUGAGGUUUGCUAUCGCUAAGCUGAAGACUUCAAAGUUCACCAAAGUUUUGUUAAGUACAGUAUUUGGGAUGCUGACUUCAUUUUACAGUGACUCUCUGUACGAAUAAGAAGUUUUUACUAUACAAUGGCAAUGCUAAGUGUAUAACAAUAACAGCAAAAUACACUAAAUAUUUGAGACAU